CGGCGGCGGCUUCGCUUGCGAGGAAAGUUAGAAAGCCGCUAUGGCGAGUCCUGCUGCCGCCUCUGUGAGGCCGCCCAGGCCCAAGAAAGAGCCGCAGACUCUCGUCAUCCCCAAGAAUGCGGCCGAGGAGCAGAAGCUCAAGCUGGAGCGGCUCAUGAAGAACCCGGACAAAGCAGUUCCAAUUCCAGAGAAGAUGAAUGAAUGGGCUCCUCGGCCUCCUCCAGAAUUUGUCCGAGAUGUCAUGGGUUCCAGUGCCGGGGCUGGCAGUGGAGAGUUCCAUGUGUACAGGCACCUGCGGAGGAGAGAGUACCAGCGGCAGGACUACAUGGAUGCCAUGGCUGAGAAGCAAAAACUGGAUGCAGAGUUUCAGAAGAGACUAGAAAAGAAUAAAAUUGCUGCCGAGGAGCAGACUGCAAAGCGCCGGAAAAAGCGCCAGAAGUUGAAAGAGAAGAAGUUGAUGGUAAAGAAGAUGAAACUUGAGCAGAAGAGACAGAAGGAAGAACCCAGUCAGUGCCAGGAAGAGCAUGCCAGCAGCUCUGAGGAUGCAUCUGGGACAGAGGAGGAGGAAGAGGAGCCCAGCAUCAUCAUGGGACGAUGAGGACGUGAGCCCAGCUCAUUCUCUGACCAGCUUUGGGAAGGAAAGGAGGCCCAGCUGCCAGACUGGCUAGGUUGGGAGACAGCAGGAGCCUCCUGCAUCUCUGCUUGCAUAGGGAGCCGAGGGGGCAUCCCCUAGACAUUUGCAGACCGUGUCCUGCCCUGCUCUUGCUGAGGGGGAUGCCUUACCUUCCCCUGGUGCUUGUGCCCUGCUUGAACAGCGAUGAGCUUGGGCUGGUUUCUGCGAAGGGAAUUUUAUUUAGUAAAGAGCAGAAAACCUAUAGGUUUUGUCCAUAUGUGCGGGAUGUUCAUUACCAAAGCCUCAGAGAAACCAUGAAAUGACGUAGAGACUGAGAUUUGGCAGGUCCUCUUUUGCAGACCUCCUUCCAGACCUACCCAGGCACAUGGUCUUAACUCUUGGAAAGGCCUGCACUUCGGGUGCCCAGCCCUGCCCCUUUAUGGAACAGCAGGCUUUGUCGCUGGAGAGCCGUGCCUGCCCAGCCGCUCUCAGAACGUGUAUGAGCCGGCCAGGGCCUCAGUAGGAGGCUGGGCAGAAGGAGAGGCUCCAGGAAAACAAUGGGAGAUGGAAGAAAGCAGGGAGUGACCAGAGAGACCUAGGGGACAGGCAGGUACUGGCCAGAAGCCUCCUCCCAUCCUUAAGUCAGAGGAGAUCUAAGCGAGAGGGACCGGAGAGGGUGGACCUCUUAGGGGUGGGAAACACUUCUGUCACCAGGAUUUGGAGGCAGCCAGUCCUCCCUCCGAGUGUCCUUGAGUUACUGUGCUCCACACCUGCUGUGAGUACUGGCCCCGAAUGCAACCAACAGCCUCAGAGUAGAGGACCAGGCAUCGUGCCGGGGAGAAGGGUGGUGACCCAGGACCGCCUUGGUCCUCAGAGCCAUCCAGCCAGUGGGGUGACGGACAGUUUCUAACAGAGCCCUGAGUCUGUGUCUGAAGUGUUUCCAGUUCCUGAGUGUGUCAUGUGCCGUCCAUGGGUGUUAGCAGCAUUGUGAGUGAAAGGGAAGCUAAGGAUGUCCUCUCCUUUGUGAUUGUGUGUUGCUGUUCUUUGUAAUGUGCUUUGAUGGUGUUUACUCUCCAUUCUCUUAACCCACCCCACCGAGCCCUCUUCCCAGCACACUCCUCUCCUGCUUUCAUGUCUUGUUUUGGUGUGGCGUGCUGACUUUCAUUAGUUGCCUGAGUGAGCCUGGGUGGUGGGUUAUUACCAAAACAUGGGAGCCUUCCCAGGGGCUAUGCCUCUGAAGGAAAUGACUCUCUCUCCCCUCUUUACUUCUGUAGCACAGAUUCCCUGGGCCCACUCUGAGCCAUGUGACAUCGUGAUAACCCCUGUCCCUGGAGCAGUUGGCGUCACAUGAGAGAGAUCUUCAUGUGUGUCAGGACUGGCCUGGUGGUUCUGUGCUUUGCUUUUAAUUCUCCUUUACCCAUCUGUGUCAGGGCUCUUGCGUUGAACCUGCAGCCAGACCUCAUGGGCUUUUGCUGUGCUGCAUGAGGGCUGCUGAGGAGUAGGGACGGGCCUAAAGCCCUUCUUCUCUCGGCUGCCUCAGAGCCGGGACAAGUCCCUUCCUGCCUCUGCCGGUUUGCCUGGCCAUGUGUCCGCAGCAGCUCGGGAAUGACUAAACAAAAGGAUUGCAGCUGACUGCUGCUGGGGAGGAGGAAGCAUCUGGAAGCGAUUCUGGCUAAGGGGUUAUCAGUUCUCCGGGUUCGCUGACUCUCGGUCUGUCUUCACUGUCAUCUGUGGGGAAAUGGAGCAGUUAGGCGGCGUCACUGCGGCGGGUGGCUGGUACUGCCAGCUGCCCCCAAAGCCACAAAGAGGAGGGUUGUGCCAUAUGUGCUUGUUGAGGGUUCACAGGUGGAGAGAAUCCUGUCAGCGAACCCCAGGCCGCAUAUAGCAUAACUGUCUGAGAAAGCUUGUAGAGUGUGGCCAUCUUACCCCAAACACGCCUAGUCUCUCCUCCCCUCGGAACCUAAGCACGCUUGUCCCGGUCUCCUCAGGAAGAGCAAACCCUGUCUCUGAGGAUCCUGAUUUACCUACAAGGCAGGCGUUUUUCAUUCACUCUCUUGACAGACAGUGUGCUAAGCACCGUGUGUGACAGCCUGGUCAGUUAGAGUAGAAUGUUCUUUACUCUUCCAUUAGAUUUCUCAUGGAAUUUCCCAAAUAAGGUUUCUCUUGUUGCAAAUGGGGGACUGGGGUUGACCCAGCCGGUGUGACUCGGAUCGUUGUGGAUGUGCUGUCCUGGAGAGAGUUGUCUGGAACUUCAGCCAGGGGAGGGUGCCUGGUACUGCCAGGGCUGAGGAUGGACAGCCCUCCUUUCACGAGCUGUGGCACAUGGUGCAUGUGUGAAUGAAGACUGUUCCAUAAAAGAUUGCUUUUUUGUGUGACGGCGUGUGGUUCAUGAACCUAAGUGUACACACAGAGGCCAAAGGGCGUCACUGUCAGGCUACACCUGAGACAUUCUCUGAGCCUGGAAUGAGGCUGGUGGCUGGCAGGCUCCAGGGUCCUCUUCUCUGACGCCCACAGCACUAGGGUUACCGGCGUGCAUACCAGCUUUUCCUGGGGUGGGGAUUUGAACUCGUGGCCUCGUGCUUGCACAGCAGGCACUCUUACUCACUGAGCCGUUUCCUCAGCCCCCAUAACAUAGAAUUGAGAAGGGGCUGCAGAGGUGGGUGGCUCAGCAGUUAAGAGCACUGAUUGCUCUGGCGCAGGACCUGGAUUUGCUUCCCAGCACCCACGUAGCAGCUUGCAACCACCCAUUAAUUCUUGAGGAUGUGGUGCCCUCUUCUGACUUCAUGGGCACUAGGCGUGCAUGUGGUACGUGCAGGCAGACAUAAAAUCUAAAAAAGUCGGUCAGAGCUGACCCUCGUUAUUCAUGGAUUCCUAUUGUGAAUUGCCUGUUCAUUAAACUUGUAGCCCACAGGUCCAUACUUGUGGUGCUUUUGCAGUCGUUUGCAGACACACUGUCACAGUUUUAGUGGCCUGUCCACACGUUCCCAGAUGAGGUUGGAGUCAACCCCAUUCCUUGCUCAGCUCAUACAAUCGGUGUGUCUAAUAUGUUCUCUGCCUCCUGGUUCUCUUGGCGGCUUUGCUGUUAAAAGACCUCUCCAGAUGCUGUGCUGGGGUGCUGUGUAGUGCUCCUAAGAGCCAAAGCCCUGGCUCUCACCCUGUAAUCGUAUUUGUCAACCUGACACAAUGACACACAUACCUGGGAAGAAGGCGCUGAGUUGGGGAAUUGCCUGCAUCUGAUUGGCCUGGGGACGUAUCUGUGGGGCAUCUCUUGAUUGAUGACUGGUGUGGAAGGACCUAGUUCACUGUGGGCAACUGUGGGCAAUGCCAUCCCUGGGCAAGUGGGCCUGGGCUGUAUAAGAAGAGAAGCUGAAUGAGCCAGUAAGCAGCAUCCCUCCAUGGUCUCUGCCUCAAUUCCUGCCUUGGUUUCCCUUGAUGAUGGACUGUGAACUGUGAUCCAAAUAAACCCAUUCCUCCCCAGA